AUGAAGCUCCGUCAGUUGCCGUUGCGGCAGCUCGAGCGGCAUCUCGAACGACAAGCCCGCCCAUCUUGUCCAUACAGUACGCGGCGCCUACCACCGCAAACAUCUCUUCGAGUACCCUGCCGAACUCAAUCCCCGAGCUCGCCAAUAUGCGGCUCAAGGCGGACCUACGCGACGGCCGUCUCCGCCUCGCAACUCCUCUUCGGCCAACCCGUCCACGAGACACACCCUCACCUCCUUAAGCCCGCCGAGCUUACGCAGGGCAUUACAGCCCAAGAAUACCACCAACGACGCGCGAACCUCUGCCACUCUCUACCAAAAGAUUCCGCCGUCAUCUUGCCCUCCGCAACCCUCAAAUACCGAUCAGGUGCCGUCUUCCACGGCUUCCGCCAAGAGUCCAACUUCCUCUACCUGACCGGCUUCUCCGAACCCGAUUCCUUCGCUGUACUGAAGAAAACCGGUGAUUACCCCGACGACUACGUCUUCCACCUCUACUGCCGGCCGAAAGACCCCAAAGCGGAGCAAUGGAACGGACCAUGGAGUGGUGUCGAUGCUGCCCGGGAUGUGUGGAACGCCGAUGUCGCAGGGGAUAUCCACCGACUGGACGCUCUACUACCUGACGCGCUCAGGGGCGUGAAGAAAGUAUUUACAGAUGCCGAGCUGACCAAGUACGGCGCGCCGACGAAAUUCGGCAACCUCCUACGGUCAGCCGCGCCCAACGUUGCCACCUCGCCACUAAAACCACAUAUCAACGUCCUCCGCGCUGUGAAGUCGUGCGCCGAGACCGCCAACAUGCGCCGCGCGGGGCAGGAGUCAGGACGCGCAUUGACUGAAGCCAUGCGCCGGCCAUGGUCGUCGGAGAAACAGCUGGCCGCCUUUUUGGAAAAUCAAUACCAUAUUUCCGGCCUCGACGGGCAAGCCUACGUACCCGUAGUAGCAGGGGGGCAGAAAGCAUUGCUCAUCCACUAUGUGCUCAACAACGGGAUGUUGAACGAAUCCGAGUUUGUGCUGGUCGACGCGGGUGGCGAGUACGGCACCUAUAUCACUGAUAUCACGCGCACAUGGCCCGUCUCGGGCAAAUUCUCGCAGCCGCAGAAGGAUUUGUACAAUGCGGUGCUCCGCGCGCAACGGUCGUCCAUCUCGCUCUGUUGCGCCAGCGCCAAUGUCACUCUGGACAAGCUGCACAGCAUUACCGAGACGGCACUGCGCGAGCAGCUACAGCAGCUUGGCUUCGACCUCAGCGGCAACGGGAUGGAUGUCCUGUUCCCGCACCACGUGGGCCACUAUAUUGGGUUGGACGUGCACGAUGUUCCUGGUUAUCCCAGGAACGUGGUACUGAAGGAGGGCCAUUGCAUUACCAUCGAGCCCGGCGUCUACGUGCCGGACGACGAGAGAUUCCCAAAGGCGUUCAGGGGUAUGGGGAUUCGCAUCGAGGACAGUAUCUGCGUGGGGUCUGAUAACCCGUUCAUGCUUACAACAGACGCUGUCAAGGAGGUUGAUGAUAUCGAGGCUUUACGAGGCUGA